CAAGUGCACGUGGUGGCGAAACUAACCUUAAGCGAACGUCAUAAAAAAUAUAGAAACGAUAUUUUUGGAAAAUGACAACAUCUAUUGUCAAUACACAGCAAUUAAAAGCGAUUAUAAGCGAGGAAAAUUGGGAUCAACUAUUUGAACUUGUUAAACCAAAGCACUUUGUCAGGCAAGAGGCAGGAGAACUACCUGAUACAGCUAUUUUAGCACAGAUAUGUCAGCUACUUAUUAAUGAAACUAGCCCUGACACGGUUAAAAUUUUGUGUUUAAAAUGUGUGGGAAACUCCUGCCUCGAUAUUUAUAAAUACCGACAGCACACAUUAGGAAAUAGAGAACCUGAUAAAUAUAACAAAUAUUUGUACAAUAAACUAGCUGAAAACAAUGUGUGCCAACAUGAGGAAGACUGUGGUUAUCCACAUAUUUCUCAUUUUCCUUACGAUGGAGUCAUAGAGUGGACCAUAGAUUAUAUUAAUGCUCACGCUGAAUAUACAAACUGUUUGACUGCUAAUGAAUUAGAUAUCUUUAGGCUCAGUAUACAAUUUUUAUGCAAUUUAUUUACAUAUGCAUGUAAAAAUGCAACUUUUGUAGAGAAUGAAAAUGUUCUAAGAUACUUAAAUCAUGAUAACUUGAAGCAAGCUAUUACAAAUAGCAUUCGGUCCGAUCACAAACCUCUUGUCAGUGCAGCUUGCAUAUUUGUACACAAUGCACUAAAGGAAUUACAAGAAAACUAUUUCACAGACGAUGAAAAGAAUCGUCUGUGUUCUCAAUUGUCGAAACCAAUCAAAGAAGGUUUCACAUCCGCGAAAGAUGCACUGUUGCACAUGUUACAUCGUCCUAAUGUAUUUGAAGCUAUGUAUGAUAGUAUGGCUAUGAGUGAACAAUUAGAUUUACUUCAAAUAAUUUACGACGAACUCUGGCAAUCCACAUCUCAGGCUGUACCGAUACUUACAAACGACACUGCUGAAUUUCUAGCGUUAACAUUUUGCAAGAAAAGUGAUCUCAUUUUGAAAACUGUAGACACGUAUAUAAACAGUAUAGAUCCCACAGAAGUUAUUCUUAUACUCAACAUCUUGGGACUCCUUACAUUAAAGCCGUACAAGAUUUCCGAAAAUGCUAGGCCUUUGCUUAUUAAUUGUAAAUAUCUUUUAAUGUCCUUACAUAUGAUGGGGAAAGAAUCAAACAAUUACUUUACUCCGAUAACGAAUUUAAGUCAAGUGGCACCUAAUGUUCAAAGGAGAACAAUUAAUGUAAAUUUAACGACAAAUGAUGCUGGUGUAAGUGAAGAAACUACAAAUCACGAUCCACAGGAUCAUCCUGUGUAUGGUUUCAAAUCAGGACUAAUAAAAGUUAUCGGAAAUAUGGUAUACAGAGACAAAAUGUGUCAAGAUUUGUUUCGUGAAAUAGAUGGAAUUCCACUACUUUUGGACUGCUGUAACAUAGACGCGAGGAAUCCGCUUAUAUUGCAAUGGGCUAUACUCGCUUUGAGAAAUUUAUGCGAGGGAAAUCUCGAGAACCAGGAGAUCAUUAGAAAUUGUAAAAAGGAAGGCACGGUGGAUAAUACUGUGCUGCAAGAGAUGGGAUUGACUCUGCACGAGGACACGGAUGGCCAAUCAAUUCGUAUCGCUCCUUUACGUCGCGAUUAGGAAAACUUACUAUCGCAAUGAGACGAGCUGGACUGUGACCGGCAACUUGUUAUAAUUAUCAAACUAUUACUCACGAUACUUGCUUGUAUCGAUAAUGUCUCGGAUAAGAUACAAUGAUCAGUUUAUCGGUGCGUAUGAAUAAUUAUUAUUCGAGCCAGAUAUCGCGCGCGCACGCAACUGGAAAUGUAUCCUGCUACACGCGCGCUCGCUGAAAAACGAUCCCACAAUUACAACACGCGAUCUGUACUAUUAGGCGAAAUACGAUAUCGUAUUGCAUAGAGAUAUUUUAUCUACAUCCACGGCUGAGUGAUUUACGAUACAAUAAAAGCCGCUACGAGUUCAUGGUCUAUUAGGAGCUGCUAAUGUAGGUACAACACUACUGCCGCUGGAUCGCAUUCCGCAAAUAGAAUUUAUUUUCGUCAAAUAAUGAUCGUCCCGUAAAACAUUUCGCUGAUACGCGCGCAAUAUGCGAUGAUAGACUCGCUCUUUACGGAGCGCUCUCGAGGAAAUCAAUAAAUAAAUUAGCAAUAAGCAACUCUUUCCGGAACCGACAUUCCCUCUCCCCCCGUCCUCUUGUGAAACCGUAUAAUUAUGACACGCACGUUCAAAUAAAUAAUUCCGUUAAU